UUAUCUGGCGGACGGAGGCUCGAGCAGCUCAGUGUGUGUGUGUCCAUCAGUCUGCAGUCACACACACUCUGAACACGUUAACUUUCCUCCCGUUAAUCCUCCGUUAUGGAUCUGGACCCGACCGUCAUCCUUCCCGCCAUCCUCUUCACCGUCGUUGCCAUUUACUUCGCUUCAUCGCUGCUGAGCAAGAAGCCCGACCCCUCCUCCUCCUCAGCCGGGAACAAGAAGCCCAAAGUCGGCUACGGAGAUGACAUCCCUCCGUCCAGAGCUCUGGGAGUACCGCCCCGACCCGCGCCCGAAGCCUCCCCGCGGACAGAGCCUCCUGCGCCGGCUGUGGAGGACAUCGGAGCCGCUGAGAAGAUCCAGGUAAAGGCUGUUCCAAAACCAGUAUCAGUACCAGAACCUGCACCAGAACCAGUAAAAGUACCAGAACCUGUCCCAGAGCCAGUAUCAGUACCAGAACCUGCACCAAAACCAGUAAAAGUACCAGAACCUGUCCCAGAGCCAGUAUCAGUACCAGAACCUGUCCCAGAGCCAGUCCCUGAACCAGUGAAAGUACCAGAACCAGUUUCGGUACCAGAGACUGUCCCAGAACCAGAACUUGUUCCAGAACCAGUUGCAGCACAAGAAGUAGCUGCAGUACCAGAACCUAUCCCAGAGCCAGAACCUGUACCAGAGCAAGCACCAGAACCUGAACCUGCACCAGAACCAGCUACAGUCCCAGAAUCUGUAGUUGUACCUGAACCUGUCCCAGAACCAGUUUCAGAACCAGAACCUGUCCCAGAACCUGUCCCAGAACCUGUCCCAGAACCAGUAUCAGUUCCCGAACCUGUCCCAGAAGCUGACCCAGAGCCUGUGGUCGAGGUUCUGAACCUGGAACCUGUUUUGUUGGGGAGCGGAAGUCCUUACCCGAGCUGGUCCCUGAACCACAGGAGAUAG